AUGGUAAAUUUCAGGAGAUACUUGAGGGUACCGAGGGAGCUGCGGCCCUCGGAGAUAUUUAAGCAGGACUCCAUGUCCCCAGGGAAGAUAGCGUUGCAGAUUAUCCUGUUGCAGGUGUUCUAUUACACUACGGCGUGUAUUCUGUUCUAUGGAUGGGCUAAAGUUGCCGGAUAUAAGCUUGAGAUGGUGCAAUGGCUGUUCUCGUGGCAGGCCAUUGAGUUUACCAACGCGCUCGGGCUGACAUUGUGUCUGCUGUGGCUCACAGACUCGCUGAUAUGUGUCAUAUUCCUCACGGUUAUUGUGGAGAGAAGCAAGCUGGCAUGGGAUUUUGCCAUUACGAUCCAUGCCAUUAAUCUAAUCGUUGUUUCAGUACAUACGGGGACGCUGCCCUCGUUGUCGUGGUUUGUCCUGCAAGUGCUGUCGUCAUUGAUACUGAUAUUCUUGGGUACAUACACUACACGUUGGAGAGAACUCCGCGAUACCUUUUUUGAAGGCUUGGUGGAUGCCGAUAUGGUAAGUCCAAGUGCCUCUUCACAGCCCAUAGAGAUGAGGGAUCUAGAGAGUCAGAAAUGA